ACAGUUUUCCUCUCCCCAAGAAAUGGGGAGAGAAAAAACAUUUGUCUGCCUCACACGAGGCAGGGAGGAGUUCUGGAGGAACCCUCCAGAACAUCCGGGGGCGUGGCCUGAUAGCACAGGCCAGGCCCUCCCAGGCUCAUUCCGCGCCUGGAAGUUGGGGAGAGAGGUUGCAGAGAAGAGCGAAGACAAGAAGUCUGAAGAGGUUCAGCAAAGAAGAGAAGAAAAGAGGUUAAGGGGAUAAGAAGAGCAUCUACAGGAUGACGCCGAGGAAGAAUGUGGGCGGCCCUAAAGGAAAGGGACCUGCCAAGAAGACUCCGGCGAAGCGUCCCCUCCCUCCUAGGGAAUCAUCAUCGGAGGAGGAGGACGUUUCAGCCGAAGAAUUGAAUGCUCUUAUGGCUAGGAUGGACAAAUUUGAGAGGGAGAGGGGGCUUUCAAUGAGGGAGGCUGGGCCGCGCCCUGCGCGGCAGGCUAGCAGGAAGAUAAUUUUUAAAAAUCUGCUCUCCCGCAUGUCUGUUCUAGAGGCCGCCCGAGCAGCUGCGACACAAGAAGUUGAUCACAACAGCCAACCGGAGCCCAAUCAGAGGGAACAAGAUCCUCCGGCCCCGACACCGCAAACGGUCGUGGGUCAAGUGUCGGCUGACAACCCAGCAACAACAACGCUGACCAGCGCGGCCCCGGCUGUAUCCUGGUCUCAACCAGUUAGCGCGGAGGUACAGCCUGCGAAGAAAGCAUCUCCAUCGGCCACCACACCGGCUGAUCCGGUCAUGACAUCUCCUUCGGCGUCACCGGCUGUGCCAGAGCGGGCGGCACCUGGUCAGCCUACUACACAAGCCAUCGUCGUGGACGGGCCUUCGACAUCCGCAGGUAAUAACACCACACUGGUCUGGCCUUGGGGCCUGUGCCAUGCGCAAAACACAACACCUACUCUCCUAAGUCCGGCCCUGGUGGCAACAGGAGCUUCGGUCGCAAAGGCUGGCCCUCAAGUCCCUACGGUUGCCCCCAUAACCUUAGAAAUGGCUAGGACGGGGGAUGACAACCAGUAUUGGGGAACCGAUAAAUGGGUUUUGCCGAUAGUACCUACGGCAGCCUCAGCCUCUUUGGGGGCUCAUUUGUCACAGAAAACCAUAGACAAGAUACUCAGGAAUGAGUAUAUAGAUAUGUUUUCAUUAUACUUUAGGGAGUUAGAUAAAAAGGAAAAAGAGGAUUUGGACGAAGAACGUAAAGAGAAGCUAAAGAAAAGGCGGGUUGAGCGGAAUUGGAAAAAUUGGAUAGCUUGUUAUACCAUAUAUGCAUCCCUGCUAGUGGAAGCUCAUCCUUACAGGGCCAAGGCCUUGUUUAAAUAUCAAAAUAUAAUAUAUGGGGCAUAUGUCAACUACACUGGUCAGGCGUGGCUUGUUUACGAUAGCCGCUUUCGUUCUGAGGCUGCCACGAUGCCUAACAAGCGAUGGGACCUCAUCGACAGUCAAUUGUGGAUGGAGGUAAUGAAUACAACCAGAGCAGUUUCUGGUGAGAAGGCCGAUAGCGGCCAUACUAUACAGAACACUAAAGAGAGUCAGCCCUUUAGGCAGGGAGGCCCAGCACAACAGCCGCAAAGGCAAAAGGCUAUGUGCUGGGAAUACGCGGCCCAGGGAGCUUGUGCCCGCGAGGACUGUAAAUAUCAGCACGCCUGUGCAAUAUGCCAGGGUAACCACACAACCAAUAGUUGUUACAAGGGAAAACCCACAAGAAGUGGGCCAAGAGGUGCCCAGUUCAAUAGAAGGAACCCUGGACAGGUCACUGUUCCAAAAGGGCCCCAGCCCAAUCAAGGCGGGUCCGCUUAGUUGCUGGCUGGAAAGUUAGCCUUACAGAGCUGCAGCAAAUUACUGGCUGGCGGCUUUAGCACACAUCAGUUUAUGAGCAGGUGUUAUAUCAUGCAGCGGCGUUGACUGCAUUGCAUUGGGACGGUUUGUGUUCCCUUUGUUGUUUGUUACCAGGAGUGGGUGUUUCUCCUGAUGUGUUGGUUAUCCACUGUUGGUCAUGGCCCAGGGUGCACGUCGUUUGGUCUGCUAUCAUACCUCGUCGCAAGUACAGAGGCGACGUGGGAAGGCUUCAGAAAGCCACAAAACGAGUGACUCGGGCCAUGUGAUUGUUCUGAGCCACGGGCGGACAUUCUAAGGAUUUGUUGGUCAUGGCCCAGGGUGCACGUCGUUUGGUCUGCUAUCAUACCUCGUCGCAAGUACAGAGGCGACGUGGGAAGGCUUCAGAAAGCCACAAAACGAGUGACUCGGGCCAUGUGAUUGUUCUGAUCCACGGGCGGACAUUCGAAGGAUUCGUUGGUCAUGGCCCAGGGUGCAAGUCGUUUGUCCGCUAUCAUACCUCGUCGCAAGUGCAGAGGCGACAUGGGAAGGCUUGAGAAAGCCAGAAUACGAGUGACUCGGGCCAUGUGAUUGUUCGGAUCCAUCAGAGGGGUCGUUACAUUGAGCACCCAAACAUCACUCGUGACGACGAGAGGUUGUAUCGGGGUUUUGGAGUACGUCUUUCGGAAUUGGGCAACCAACGAUUUCGGUUAGAGUUGCAGGAAGGUAUUUUAGGGGUGUUAGAGGAAUUGGUGGGGGAUGGGGGCGAAAUGGACAUUUGCCCCCAAUCCGUGGCGUAAAUAGAUAGGGAAAUUCCUUUAGUCGGUGUGCACCUAGGGCACCCCUUAAGGGGUGAAAGGCCCUUAAGUUAAACACUCACCUACAGUUUAAAGGGGUGAGGUGUUGUUAAUGGCCUUUAAUGGGAAGGAGUCUCGAUACAAGAGCUCUGGAAGAGACUCCUCAUUCCUUUCCCUUGAUGGUGAUACGGUUUGAUUACCGAAACCCAGGUGCUUCGCCCGGAAAUUGUUAUUAUCGGGUAGUGAUACUACCUGGGUUAGGUGACACCAGUUCCUUACACCCUUGAGUUAAGUUAAGAACUUAAAUAGGUAACGUUAAAUAAAAGUUGCCCAAUUUGAAUCCAAAA